ACAUAUAUGUGUGUGUAUCUAUAUAUCUAUAUAAUGGUUAUAACAAGUAAUUUCAUAAGAAACAGCAAUUUUACUUGACUUUUAAUGUUGGUCUUCACCAGUCACAGUUUCGAAGAUAAUGGGGGAGGGGGGAGAAUGUGCUCCUGAGGAUUUUUUAUCUGCUCUUAUCAUUUGCCUGUCACAAUCAAACAAAGAAAGACAUCUAGUUCGAAAAAAAAAAAAAAAAAAAAAAAAAAAAAAAAAAAACGGAUAUGUCACAUCUAUAUCUAUGGCUUUGCAAUUCUUAUGCUUGGUGUUGUACUAAUUUAUUUCAUUCAAAACUUACAAGUUAUCAUACCGUGAUAGACAGUUGCCCUUCUCCUUUCUCCCAUGCCAGGACCUGCCCCGACCUCUGAUCGAGUGUCCCGCCCUCCACAGCCGGACUAUAUAAGGACGAGGCAUAGCAGCCAGGUCAUAGUCGGACGCACUUCUCCGCACGUGACAGACAUGAAGGCUCUCGUUGUUGUUGCACUGGCAGCUACUGCCGUUGGCCAGCAGUUCCAGCUGCAAAGGCAGUAUGACACUGCCGUCCGCCUUGCCACUCCCGGGUACUUCCAGCAGGGCGGAAGCUUCACCUCACCUUCCUUCCGCAACACAAAUGGCCAACUGCAAGGCGACUCCUUCCAGAACUCUUUCCAAACUGCCACUUCAGACAGCAACAGCUUCCGUCAGUCUGGACUCUUCCAGAACAGCAACCAGCUCCAAAGGAAUGCUGACACCAACACCAACCAGUUCCAGACUUUUCCCGCAGAGCUCCUUCGACUCGAAUGCCUUCCAGCAGAACACGGAAGUCCAUUCCAGCAGAACUCAAACGCUCAGUCUGGCAACAGCUUCUUCCAGUCAGGUUCCAAUCAGUUUGGUUCCGACAACCGAUUCCAGACCAACACUAAUCAGAUCAAUUCCGGAAGCCGAUUCCAGUCCAUCUUCGACAACCAGGAUUCCAACAACAGAUUCCAGUCAAGCUUCAACAACCAGGAUUCCAACCAAUUCCAAUCCACCUUCAAUAACCAAGGAUUCCAACAACAGAUUCCAAUCCACCUUAUUCCAACAACAGAUUCCAGUCCACCUUCAACAACAAGGAUUCCAGCAACCGCUUCUCUCAAAAACUCUCAGUCCAGUUCCUUCCUUCGAUCCGGUUCGUCGUUCGAUUCCUCCACUGACUCCGUCAGCGGAGUCUUCGAGCCUCUGAACCUUCCCUCCGGCGCCAGUGCCUUACUGGGAGGCAUCACCAGCUCCUUCAACUGCCUCGACCGUCCCUACGCUACUACGCUGACCAGGACAACUCAUCCGUGUCUUCCACGUGUGCCAACCCAACACUUUUCCCAAAAGGCGCCGUCGAACCUACCAGUACAGGUAAUUCAGCUCAUUAUCCAUAAAGUUAACAUAGACGUAAUAAUCUACCUCUUCAUGUGCGGCGAGGGUUCUGUGUUCGACCAGAAGGAGCUGGCUUGUGUAGCGGAGUCGUCCGCCAUCCCCUGCCAGGAAUCCUCCAACUACUACUACACCAACGAGCAGUUUGGACGACCUGCCCCGACCUUUGAUCGAGUGUCCCGCCCUUCACAGCCGGACUAUAUAAGGACGAGGCAUAGCAGCCAGGUCAUAGUCGGACGCACUUCGCACAUGACAGACAUGAAGGUUCUCGUUGUUGUUGCACUGGCAGCUGCCACCGUCGGCCAGCAGUUCCAGCUGCAACGGCAGUAUGACACUGCCGUCCGCCUUGCCACUCCCGGGUUCUUCCAGCAGGGUGGAAGCUUCACCUCACCUUCCUUCCGCAACACAAAUGGCCAACUGCAAGGCGAUUCCUUCCAGAACUCUUUCCAAACUGCCACUUCAGACAGCAACAGCUUCCGUCAGUCUGGACUCUUCCAGAACAGCAACCAGCUCCAAAGGAAUGCUGACACCAACACCAACCAGUUCCAGACUACUUCAUUCCAGCAGAGUUCCUUCGACUCGAAUGCCUUCCAGCAGAACAGCGGAAGUCCAUUCCAGCAGAACUCAAACGCUCAGUCUGGCAACAGCUUCUUCCAGUCAGGUUCCAAUCAGUUUGGUUCCGACAACCGAUUCCAGACCAACACUAAUCAGAUCAAUUCCAGAAGCAGAUUCCAGUCCAGCUUCGACAACCAGAAUUCCAUCAACCGAUUACAAUCAAGCAUCAACAACCAGGAUUCCAACAACAGAUUCCAAUCCACCUUUAACAACCAGAAUUCCAACAACCGAUUCCAAUCCACCUUCAACAACCAGGAUUCCAACAACAGAUUCCAGUCCACCUUCAACAACCAGGAUUCCAGUAACCGUUUCUCCCAGAACUCUCAGUCCAGUUCCUUCCUUGAAACCGGUUCAUCGUUUGAUUCUUCCAGUGACUCUGUCAGCGGAGUCUUCGAGCCUCUGAACCUUCCCUCCGGCGCCAGUGCCUUACUGGGAAGCAUCACCAGCUCCUUCAGCUGCCUCGACCGUCCCUACGGUUACUACGCUGACCAGGACAACUCAUACCGUGUCUUCCACGUGUGCAACCCAACACUCUUCUCCAACGGCGCCGUCGAAACCUACCAGUACAGCUUCAUGUGCGGCGAGGGUUCCGUGUUCGACCAGAAGGAGCUGGCUUGCGUAGCGGAGUCGUCCGCCAUCCCCUGCCAGGAAUCCACCAGCUACUUCUACACCAACGAGCAGUUUGGACGCCCUGAAGAUAAAUCAUUUUAAGAGAAUCAAAGGCUGACCUUUAC